UGGUACUCAGCAGCAGCAACCAAAGCUUGUAGGUUACGUAGUGCAAGCUACUGUGUAGCUAGCGAGUAAUGUAGAUUUGUUUUUUAUUUUGAAGAUGUUUAUCGACAAAACCAAACUGACAUUUAAAAUCGUAAAUUUAGCUAAAUGACUAGUUCUUGCCAAUUUAGAAGACAUUUCCUGUCGCGAGAAAAAAGAGGUUCGUUCGUGGUUAAAAGAAAAUUGUACCAGCUAGCCACACCGCUAAAUAUGGUAGCUAGCUAGGGUAAAGACUGACAAAUACGGUUUACAACACAAUAUGGAAAAUGGUGUAAAGUUUUCCCAUCGGGUACUACAUACUUUGCACCGCGGAUAUAUUGAAACACGUCGUUAUAUUUAGAGGUUAACCUGGAUAACCUUAGCUGCACGAGAUGUCAUAGCCACGGUGAUGGAGGGACAUUUCUAUUAGCUAGCUAGCUAACGUUAGCUGGGUAUCAUGAACAGCUGGACUGAUGGAAAUGUCUUCCCUGAAGACGAUAGCAGGCUUGUUCACUAAUUACAUGUUGUAGAACGAGAUAUAACUGUGAUAUAUAUCUUGUUUGUAUUACGUAACAUACGCCUGUUUGUGAGGCAAAUGGGAGACUAGACACCAGCUUGCUAAGGAUAGUCACUUUUUGACAUCUUGGACCUAGCUCGCUAAUUGACAGAUCGAUAUAGCCAGCCAGCUAAGAAAUUACUGAAUGCUUUUCAUCAGCAAACAAGCAGACAGUGUCAAAAAGAAUAGCUGCUCUGUCCCCAAAAUACAACUGGAAACAAGUAUAAUUUAGCAAUUUCACUCUUUAGAAUUAAGGCAUCAAAGCCCCUCAUCACUUUAUAACAUGAGGAAGUUCUUUGAUUCUCGUCGGGAGUUGGUCAGUUCUGGACCUGGUUCAGGAGGGGGAAGCAGUGGAUCGAGCCAUGCAGGUGGCAAUUUUAUUGGACGUGCAUUUACUAUCGGUCGGUACCAAGUCACUGUUGAAGAAACAGUAGCCGAAGGGGGCUUUGCGAUCGUGUUCCUGGUGCGCACGAGCCAGAGCGUGCGCUGUGCCCUCAAGAGGAUGUACGUCAACGACGAGCACGACCUGCAAGUGUGCAAGCGGGAGAUCCAGAUCAUGAAGGACCUCGUCGGCCAUAAGAACAUUGUUGGCUAUCUGGACUCCAGUAUUACAGCUGUUGGUGCCGGAGACGUGUGGGAGGUGCUCAUCCUCAUGGACUUCUGUAAAGGGGGCCAGGUGGUGAACCUGAUGAACCAGCGGCUGCAGACAGGUUUCACCGAGGCUGAGGUGCUGCAGAUCUUCUGUGACACGUGCGACGCCGUGUCUCGACUGCACCAGGGCAAAUCACCCAUCAUCCACAGGGACCUCAAGGUUGAGAACAUUCUCCUGCAUGACAAGGGUCACUAUGUACUCUGCGACUUUGGGAGCGCCACCAACAAGUUCCAGAACCCGCAAACCGAGGGCGUGACAAUAGUCGAGGAAGACAUAAAAAAGUACACCACUCUUUCAUAUCGAGCCCCUGAGAUGGUGAAUCUCUACAAUAGCCAAACGAUCACGACCAAAGCAGACAUAUGGGCGCUGGGCUGUCUGCUGUACAAGGUGUGCUUCUUCACUCUGCCCUUUGGGGAGAGCCAGGUGGCCAUCUGCGAGGGCAACUUCACCAUCCCGGACAACUCCCGCUACUCCUUCGAUCUCCACUGCCUCAUCCGGUACAUGCUGGAGCCCGACCCCGAUAAAAGGCCCGACAUCUACCAGGUGUCCUACUUUGCUUUUAAAAUGGCUAGGCGGGACUGCCCUGUUCAGAAUGUGAAGAAUUCUCCUAUUCCCACUCAACUCCCUGAACCAAUCAAAGCUAGCGAGGCCGCAGCCAAGAAGACCCAAACCCAGACCAAGACCAGACUCACCGACCCCAUCCCCACCACUGAGACCUCCAUCACUCCCCGUCAGAGGCCCAAGGCGAGCCACGCCCAGCCCAGCGCGGGGAUCCUCCCCAUUCAGCCUGCAGCCCUCACCCCUCGCAAACGGGCCAACCUCCCUGCCGGAGCAGCCCAGCCCAUUGGUGUUAUUCUGAACCUUUCCCAGCCAGCAGCAGCCCUCCAAUCACACAAGGCCCAGGGUGCAGUCCCCCCUCCAGCAGCUCUCAACCAAUCUCAAAAGCCCUCCAGUCAGGCUGUCACUCAACAGAAGCAGCCAGGGCAGCCAAUCCCAGCAGAUGUCAAUGCAGCAGGGGGAGGAGUCCCAGUCCUGGCUAAGACCGAGGCCCAACCACAAGCUCUGGCAGGCACACCACAGCAGACCACGCCUACCGUGGCUAGCCCCGCCCCUCAGCAAACAACGCAGGCCCCGUCCAGCCCCGCCCCGCCCAAAGCCCCUGCCCGGAGCGCCCGUCGUAAGCAAGCAGGCCCGGCACCGCAACUCGACCCUCAGCCCUCCUCCGCGGCUCCCCUGCCUCCCUCCCCCCAGCCCUCUGGAGGUCAGAUGCCCGUCCUCCAGUUCCAGCCCGCUCCCCAGCCGCUCGCUGACCAGCAGCCCGUGCUCCUCCAGCCCCAAGCUGCCCCGCAGCCUCUCGUCCGGACCCAGCCCGGCUCUUCCGAGACGUGUCCGAAUGCUGCUGUGAAACAGCAGACGGCGCUUGCAGCCCAGCCGCAACCCCCCCCUCCAUCCUCUAAGACCGCAGAGCAGGCGGAACCCAGGCCUGUCCCUAGUGACCUCCCUCUGACUGCAAUCACCGGCUCACCAGAGAGUGACCCCAUACAACGAAGCCAAGCGGCAGCUGCAGAUGUCGACCCUAACCAGACCCCAGCGUGUGCCAAUGAGGGCGGCAAGGAGGGCGCCACGGCUUCACCCGCAGGCUCUGGUGCCCCAACGACGCCUGCAUGGAACCCGUUUGACGACGACGGCUUCUCUAACUUCACUGCUGAGGAACUGGUGAAGAAGGACAAGCAGGCUGAUGAUGCACCUGGAGAAACAGAGAAGGCCCCCACUGAGGAUCUGAUUCCAGGUCUGCUGUCCACCUCCCCGGACCAGACUGUCCCCCAGACAGCUGUGGAGCAUACGGAAGACAUUCUGGGACUGGAUUCAAUCACCUCGUCGCUGGUCGUUCCAGAGCCUUUCAACGCGCUCUCACUCUCAAACACACCAGAGAAGCUGAUUGAGGGACUGAAGUCCCCAGACCCUUCUCUUAUGCUCCCUUACCUCUUGUCAUUGGCCGAUCCAUUUGGUGGAUCGGUUGAGGAAUCUGCCAAAGGCCAAUGCACCUUGGUGUCCGCUCUGACAUCCCCCUCCUUGACCUCCUCUCUCCUUGGCUCAGCUGCUUCAGCAGAGGUGUCGGUCGGCCCUCUCAUCCCCGGUCUGGAGUCUCCUCUGGCGCAGGCGGACAGAUCCUCUCCUGAUUGUGAAGCACCGACAGGGCAGGACUCUCUCCUGGGCUGCUCCCUCAUCUCGGGCCAGUUUGCCCCGUCCGAAGGGCCCAGCGGCGCCCCCUCUCUCUUCGCCGCUCCCACAUCCGCUGCCUCUGCCCUGGAUGAGUUAGCUAUGCUAUCUGGGGAGGCCCCCCAGCCCCUGGCAGACUCCACCCUCCUGAUGUCCGACCUGGAGGCCCAUCUGCCCGAUGCUCCCCCUCCUCCAGCAGAGCCCGGACCAGAGGACGAGUUUGACCCCAUCCCCGUCACGGGCCCCAAAAGCACCUCCCAAGAUGUGCAGUGGGGGUCGGGGAACAGGGGCCCUGGGCAGGCUUGUGAGGAACAUCGCCUAGCCUGUGAAGGGGUCCUGGUUCCCUGCAUGCACGACUGUUCCAUCCCCAGAAUCCUGGCACAACACACCAGCAACUUGCACACCCAGCCGCCUCACCCCUCCAGCCGGCGCUCGGGACCCGUGAAGCAACCCCUCGGAAACCCCCCUCGUCCUGCGGACGGCGCCGUCACCCCGCCGGACGUCUUCCUGCUCGCCCCUUUUAGGACGGCUGAGCAAGGCGUGGUCACCAGCUCCACUUUCCUCCUGCCCCGUAAGCCCCCCCCGUCCUCCGACGCUUCUCCCCGGGGCCCUCGCGGGGGGAGACGGGAGCCCGUCGAAACGAUUCCCCCCGUCCGUCCGUGUCCUCCGUACCCGGACGCCGCCCCCCGUCACAUCCAGCCCCACAACUCCCGUCCCCAGGUCCGACCGGCCCCCUGGGGUCUGGGCCACGUGAAGCGACAGCCCCUGCCCGUCUACCCUCGCUCCGAGGCCCCGUUGCCCCAGCAGCCCGUGGCGGCCCACCGCGUGGUCUCCAGCGUGGGGCAGCAGGCCGCCGUGGGCUCGGUGGCUGUGGGACCCCUGCACUCCUGGACCAUCGGAGGGGGAGCUCUGAAGGACCCCUUUCUCAGGGCCCCCUUUCAUCCCAGGUGUCCAAAAGGCAAACCUUUAUACGAGGGACAUCAUCUCACCUGAGCCCAGUCUUCACCCCGCAUGACCUUUAUUUACAAACAACCAAGACCAGCAGAUGUGAACCCUGACAAGGUCUUAACCCCUUGUCCAUAAAAAACCCUGCCUUCUCCAGAAAGAGAAAUGGAUUCUCCUCAGGCUCUCUUGGCUAAGGGUGCAUGCAGUAUUAUAAUGGACUUGUAUGACACACGGUUCCUCUACCUCAGCGUUAUGAUGGUCGAUCAGAUUGAGCAAAGCUGAUGGGGAAACACUGGCAACCAAAACACCAGGGACAUUUGAAAUGGUACUCGUUAAUUGUACUGUGCUGCAUGGGUAUUUUUACUUUACAAUUAUAUUUAAUGUCUGCAAUUAUAUUUCAUGUUGUUUUAUAUGCAAACUGUGCUGUUACUUGUUUAGGUUGCAGAUUGUAUAAUUGUACACGUUGAAAAUUGUUUUUCAUGGAUGUGCGUGUUGCUGUACUAGGAUUCAUGGUGAACUAGUCCAAGUAGUCACUUUCCUAUCUUUUGAACAAAGCAUGUUUUGUUCAGCCUUUUUUCAUGUUUUCUGAUUCUUAUCCUUUUCAGAUUUCUCAUUUCAUUUUUUUCCACAUUAAGAGCACAGUCUAUGCACCUACUACACAGCAAAGGGGCAUGUUCACCCUUAGUGGUCAAAUCGAAUGUGUUCUACUCAAUGUACCGUUAGAAAGUCUUGUGUGAUGUGGACUAAAACGGCCCAUACUUGCAGAGUGGAUGUUCUCUGUGAUAUGGGAUCACAUACACCACCAAGCCUUUCAAUUAUUUACCACACUGAUUGUCUAUGCUGUAAAGUAUAUUACAAGUUGUACAGCACUCAUGUUUUGGAGAGAAAAAUUUUUUUUUUUUUAAAUCAAAUGUAUUUAAUGUAGGAAUCCAUAAAUGGCAUUAUGCAUUAUAAUAUUAGUAAUGUACUAUUAGUCAAAGUCGUUUUUUAUAUUUUUUCAUUUAUUUGACACAAAAACUGAUGUCACCAGUGUUCAAAAGCAUCCACAUCCAUGCAAACGACUGUGGAAAGAGUCCUUUAAAGAUCACCGUGCUGCCAGUCAUCCAAGCUCCUUCAGGCCUCCCUGAGUCCCUGCUUCCCCAGCCUGCUGGGCCCAGCGCAGUGGAGCCGCCUCCUGCCUACCGUUUAUCUAGCAGCUCUGCGUGGCAUUAGCGUUAGCAUUUGCUUUUAUUGCUUUCAGGAGUCGUGCCUCAAGGCCCCCACCAUCCCUGGCUGCCUCUGUAGCCACAGGCAUGCCUCCAUGAGCUCACUUCCCACAGGAUUAGGAGUCUGUCUGCCUCUCUUUAUAUUAUGUAACAACGCUAUUAAACCAGUAGUAGGCGAUCUCUUCAUGCGAGUUUCAAGGUUUGAAGGUCCUAGUCUUGCUACAAGAAGAAGAUUGCUUGAAUUAAUAGAAAAUGCAGUCUGUUCAUGGUACUUUUAUCUUGUUUGCUCAAUGUGCAGUAUGGUUAGUAUCCUGUUUGUGGCUAGGUAGUCGUAAUACCUUUUAUGCAGUGCUGAUAUUUCCAUGUGGCUAACUGAAAUUUGGAUUCAAACGUACGAUGGGCCACUGUGUUUACCAUGAGCCAAGGCACCAAGACAUUUUGCCUUGCCUUGACAUAUCAUAAUGUUUAUUUUUUCUUACUUACCGGUAAUAAAAAUAUUUUAUCAUUCAAAA